CGGCUCCCCCCUCCCUUCUUUCCCCUUCACGAAGCCGGCUCCGGGGCGCGCUGCCGGGCGAGGAGAGGGGACGCGGGAGGCGCCCUCUCACUCCCGGAACACCAUGUACCGUCCGAGCCCGGGGGCCGCCCGGCGCCUGGGACCCUGCCUCCGCGCCUACCAGGCGCGACCCCAGGACCAGCUCUCUCCUCGGCCUCUACCAUUCCCCCCGCUCUGGCCCCACUCCACUCCACCGACUUCUCCAUCUUUUCCUCUUCACUGGUCACUACCACCCCCACAUCCUCCUACUCACCCUCGUCCCCAGGCUCCUCCACCACCUCUCUCUCAGGCCCAGGCUCUCAACUCAUUGAGUAUGGUUCUUCCUCUGAGAAAGAGGGAGGAGGGACCAGGACCGGAGCUACACAGUGGUUGCCUGGAUGGGCUUAGGAGCCUUUUUGAGGGACCGCCUUGCCCCUAUCCUGGGGCUGUGAUGCCUUUCCAAGCCCCUGGACCGUCCCAUCCUUCUCCCACCACUCCGUCAAGAGAUGAGAGUAUGGAGGAACACCUGGCUGUCAUGCAUGAGAGACUAAGACAAGAGCUUCCCACCCUCUUCCUUCGCUCCCAUGACUACACUAUAUAUUCAAUGGAUGUGGAAUUCAUCAAUGAGAUCCUGAACAUUCGAACCAAGGGCCGGACAUUUUACGUUAUGUCCCUGACCCUUUGCCGCUUCCUGGCUUGGAACUAUUUUGCACAGUUUCGGUUGGAGAUUUUACAGCUGACCCGCCACCCUGAGAACUGGACCCUGCAAGCCCGCUGGCGUCUAAUAGGUCUGCCCAUACAUAUGCUCUUCCUGCGUUUCUACAGGCGUGAUAAAGAGGAUCUUUACCGGACCUUCGAUGCCUUUUCCACCUUCUACCUGAAUUCCAGUGGCCUCAUCUGUCGACAUCACCUGGACAAGCUGAUGCCUUCACACUCACCGUCAACGCCUGUGAAAAAGCUGCUGGUGGGAGCCCUGGUGGCCCUGGGGCUGUCGGAACCAGAGCCUAGCCUACACCUGUGCUCCAAGGCCUAAUCCAGAAAUGGGUGAAGGCUGCACUGAAGACUGCUACGCACAAAAGGAGGUGGAGGUGGACGAGAAUGUCCAGAGCCAGCUGCCGCCCUCCACUCUUCUACCUUCUUUUCCAUCAUGCUGGGUAAAGCUGCUGUGUAAUUUAACUUGUAAAUAAUAAAGUUUAAGCAAUGACAUAA